GCCCGGCGCUGGUCUGGUUGUAACUCUGCAGGAACACAUAGGAAUGCAAGAUCAUGACCGAAGAGGCUUUUGAUGUGAUGGUGGUUGGCUCCUGUAUGACUGACUUGGUGAGCCAGGCACCAAGGCUACCAAAAGCCGGGGAAACCAUCCAUGGUCACAAGUUCUUCAUUGGCUUCGGAGGGAAAGGGGCCAACCAGUGCAUACAGGCGGCAAGACUGGGGGCCAAAACCGCCAUGGUCUGCAAGGUUGGUAAAGACUUCUUUGGAGACAAUUACAUUCAGAAUUUCAAAGACAAUGGCGUACACACAGGCUUUGUAGACCAGACCUCUGAGGCAGCCACAGGAGCUGCCUCCAUCGUUGUCAAUGAUGCAGGCGAGAAUGCCAUCGUGAUCGUAGCUGGAGCCAACAUGCUGCUGGGCUGCGAGGAGCUGCGGGGAGCUCUUCCGGCCAUCAGUCGGGCAAAAGUUCUGGUGUGCCAGCUGGAGAUCAGCCCGCAGACGUCCCUGCAGGCGCUACGCAUAGCUCAGGAGAACAAAGUGAAGACAAUAUUCAACCCAGCACCGGCCAUUGCAGACAUGGAUGAGGAUUUCUACAGAGCCUCUGAUGUGUUUUGCUGUAAUGAGUCUGAGGCUGAGCUGCUGACUGGUUCCUCCGUAGCUAAUGUGGAGGAUGCACAUCGGGUCGGCCGGGAGCUGCUGAAGCGCGGCUGUGGGUCAGUCAUCAUCACUUUGGGACCCCAAGGCUGUGUGGUUGUCAAGGCAGAGGGGUCUACCUCAAAGCAUGUUCAAACUACCGCGGUCGCAACUGUGGACACUACGGGCGCUGGAGACAGCUUUAUUGGAGCGCUGGCAUUUUACAUGGCUCAUUAUCCCACAAUGCCUCUGGAGGAGAUGGCCCUCAGAGCCAAUCAGGUGGCAGGAGUGAGUGUGCAGGCUGUUGGCACGCAGACGUCUUACCCCUUCAAAAAGGACCUACCAGCUGAACUGUUCUGAGAGCAGCAAAUCAGCAAGUAGACACCAGCGUUGAUGGAUUAAACCUGAAAUUAUUGACCCGUGAACACAACUGUCAUAUGAAAUAAGCUGCUUUUGAUAAAUCCAAGAGUGAACAAUACUAUUAAACUACUGAGGAUUGUUUAUGAUGUAGUCAA